GCAUAGUGUGCGCAAACGUUGAAUUCCUAGGAUAUCUCUCUCUAUUCGUUCUUCGAUUGUCAAUUAAGUUGGGUUUCGGGUUCGUGCAAUGUGUUGAUAUUGGUUAGAUUUGGGUGGUGUGAUGUUUAUUUGAUUUUCACUUGAUUUUUGAGAGAACUCGGAGAUGGAGAGUUCUUGCUGUAAAUCCUGGUAAUCAGGUAAUGAUGGCCACAACAUUUGAUAAUCGAUUAUAGACAAGCUAUAUCUCUUUUACUCUUAGAAUGUACCACAAGAACUGCAUAACGGUGUUGAGCCUCCUGUUGGUUGUAUUAGGAGCCCUUCUGAUUGCUUUGAAAAGUAAUUUCUACAACUAUGGCAUGCACACACUACUCACUUUUGAACCAGGCAGUCAAUUAUUCAACGCUUGGGUGAAAAGUCCACCGGGUGUCAACUUCGACGUUUACGUGUUCAACUGGACAAAUCCGGAAGAUUUCAAGAAUCUAUCCACCAAACCUAUACUGAAGGAAGUCGGUCCGUUCAGAUUCAGACAAGUUAUAGAAAAAGUUAAUGCCACAAUGCAUGGGAAUGAAACAAUGUCCUACUACAGACGAAGAACGUUUUAUUUCAAUAGGGAUGAAUCGGUGCAUGAUUUGGAUUUCAACCUUACGAUACCCAAUCCUGUAGCAAUGGCAUUAGCUCACAGGGCAAGAAACUGGAAUUUCUUCUCGAAAAAAGGAGUGUAUUUGGCUCUUAGUUCAUUGAUAGACGACAAUCUUCAUAUCACUAAGCCAGCUGGGGAAUUGAUAUUUACUGGUUAUGAAGAUCCUAUCUUAAGUGCAGCAGAUAAGUUUUCAUUCUUCACUGAUGCACCCCCUUCAAAAAACUUCGCCUUCUUCUACGGAAAAAAUGGUUCAGCCACCUUCGAUGGAAUAUUCAACGUCGGCAUUGGCGGCGAUCAUCCCUUGGGUCAAAUUUUCGAAUGGAACUACCAAAACGACACCGACUACUACGAGGAGAGUUGCAGCAAGUUCGAGGGUUCUGCAGGGGACUUCUUUCCUCGUUUCAAUACUGAUAAAACCUUGAAACUGUUCCAUUCUGACGUGUGUAGGACGCUUGUAGCUGAUUAUGAGGGCAAUACUACUGUUCAUGGAAUUGAAGGAUUGAAAUACGUUAUGGGUGACCACUUUCUAGAUAAUGGAACUCUCAUACCUGGAAAUGAAUGUACCUGUGGUGAGCACUGUCUUCCAUACGGGGUAGUUUAUGCUACCGCGUGCAAACAAAAGUCGCCAAAUUACCUUUCCCUGCCACAUUUCUACAAGGCGGAUCCUUAUUUCGUAGAUAAAUUAAUAGGUGUUAAGCCUGAUCCCGACAGGCAUGAUUUCCACCUGAUAUAUGAACCUACAACUGGUCUUCCUCUAGAGCUGUUACCAAGACUUCAAAUAAAUGUACUUAUGCAGCCAAUAUCCUACAUCAAUAUGUAUGAAGACAUACCAACUGUGCUCUUCCCAUUAAUCUGGUUCGAACAAACUCUUGGAAUGCCCUCCAGCAGUGCCUUCUUAGUAAAAAUAAUACUUAAUAUGAACGACAUAUGUUUAACAGUCGGAAUUUUACUCAUAACUUUGGGUAUCCUUAUUUUUUUGUUCCUCGCUUAUAAAAUACGUAACACGGACUUUUGUCCGAAUGACCAUCACAAAAACUUCCUACCAAAAGAACUAGUUCCUCUUAAGGAAAAGGAAACUCCGACAUAGUUUCUCAGUCAAUUAAGUUACCACGUGAACUGUGAAUGAAUAUGGUGAUUGAAUCAAAACGUAAAUAUUAUUUAUCGUUGUAUAUUUUGAUAUAACCUUAACUGUACAGUUUUUUACAGUAUUCUUUCUUUGUAAGUCUGAAUUUUAUUUUUAGUAAAUUAUUGUUUAAC